AUGAGUGGAAGAAUUCGGAUUCGAAUUGGAACGGCGAAGAAGCUUAUUGCUAAGCGUCUCGCUCACACGCUACCAACCAAAAAUGAGAUCAAGUCAUUCAACAUCGAUGAGAUCGUCACACUUCUGGAGGAUCUGGCCGGAGACGUCGAAAGUCUCACCAAGCAAGUGGUGACGUUGGAGCGGUGUGAGCAGGAAUGGAGGCACCUCGAACAAGUCAACCCGGACGAGGUCGCGGAACGGGAACGGUACGUUGCGAAAUACCAGGAUUUCGUGCCGUUCAUAGCCGAAGGACGGCAAAGAGUGGUUCUCAUCAAGGAACUCUACACGGUCGGUCACGAACGACUAACGGAAAUGUACAAACAGGUGCGGGCUAUGGUGUAA